CUUUCACAUUAUACCAUCAUGCAUUUCACAUUCUAUCUCCUGGUUACCCUCUUAGGGGUAGGCACCACCGCGUCCGCGACAUGCUUCACCACAGCAGGCCCGGCAAGCUUCAAAGCCUGUUGCCCGACACCUCAAAGCAGUGGCAAGGGCACCAUCUCGGGCGUCGUGUUCAAGUAUACCUGCGGCCAGUUUUUCAACGGCGGGGAAUCCCCCAUUAGCGCCUCUAGCGUCAAGGAAUGCGCUGAAGAGUGCCAGAAAACCCCCCACUGCAAUUCUGCUUCUUGGAGCGCUAAGCAAAAAUGCAGCUUGCUGGGAGAGAAAUACCCAGCACCAAUGAAGGUGGGCUCUUGGUUAACGCUCCAGAAAACUGCCGAGGAGCCUGAUCCAGAGCAGGAUUGCAAGGAGCUGGUUGACGCUGCCAAGCGGGAAGCUGAAUCCAAAUGUACGACUGAGAAGGAUCGGCUCCAGAGAGAAGGGGAAACACAAUGCCGGACGGAGAAAGACACAGCUCUCACCAACGCCAAUACUCAGUGCCAGAAAGACAAAGACACAGCUCUCACCAACGCCAAUGCUCAGUGCCAGAAAGACAAAGACGCAGCUCUCGCAAAUGCCAAUUCUCAAUGUGCAGCUGAGAAGGAUAAGCUACGUGCAGAAGCUGAUACAGAUGCCCAGCAAGCUCAGUCCCAAUGCACUACAGAGAAGGAUCAACUCCGGCAACAAGCAGAUACUGUACGAACGCAGUGCCAGAGCGAGAAAGACACUGCUCUGACGAACUCCAAUUCCCAAUGCACAACCGAGAAAGAUCAGCUCCGCCAGCAGCUGGCCGAUGCUGCACGCCAACGCGAUACGGAAAGAGACGGUCUCCAGAAGCAGUUGAAAGAUGCCCAAGACAAAGCGGGAGCAAGUGGUGGAGGAAUUACUGACUCAGCAUCUGCCCAGGACAGUGCAUGCAUAAACAACAGCUGGAAUAGUUUAUGUAGUGGGAGUUGCGGGCAUGAUACCUUUACUGUCGGAGGGGUUGAGUUUAAGAGGAAGUGUAACGUCUCGACCAGAGACGGGCGGGAAGAGCAAUGGUAUGAUCGCUCGUCUGUCAUGGACUGUGUGAGGGAAUGUGCAGGGAUCAAAGCCUGUCUCGGAGUCGGAUGGAUAGCCUCGCAAGGUGUCAAAGGGCAUUGCCAUGCACAUAUGACCGUCAGUGGAAGGCUCAGGACUACUCCCUCUAGAGGCCAUCCUCUUAACGAACAUCAUCUUAUCUACGUCCCGACCAGGGCCAGUGUGUGGUAGGAUAGAUGGCAAGGUUAAGUGGGCUAUUGUUAGAUGGGAACAGGGGUAUCACGUGUAUGCCCCGAGCUCAGCGCUCUUACCUACCUGCUUUCAGCACUCUGAAAAUUAGCUCUUCUUUCCGCAGACUGAAUACACACACUUUACAG